AUGGACUGGAUACGGGAUCUGUGGGAUCUCCUUACUUCAGCAAUAAUGCUAGAGCCUGGGGAUCUGAUUGAAUUUCAGAGAAUGGGAUACCAACACUGGGGCAUCUAUGUGGGAAAGGGACAUGUGGUCCACUUCACAUUUCCAGAGUUGGAAGAGGGAUUGAAUAAUAUGCUUAAUGGAGAAUUCUUCAAAGCGAAAGUGCAAAAGGAGCGUCUGAGGAACGUGGCUCGUGUUUCAAGCUAUGCUGUAAACAACCAAUUAGAUAAAAAGCACCCUCCAUUACCUCUUCUUCAUGUGGUAAAGAGAGCUGAGCACCUGGUGGGGAAGAAUAUAGACUACAAUCUACUUAUGUCUAACUGCGAACAUUUUGCCACUAUGAUGAGAUAUGGCAUUGCUGAAUCACAGCAGGCAGUUUACUUUGAAGUGGAUGAAGGUUUUGUGAAGCAGAUAAAGAAAUGGCUAGCCGAGAUCAAUGAGUAG